UCAACCGAGCCAUUCGGCGAAGAAUCGUUGUCCUUGUCGUCGACAAUGAUAAAGGCCGGGAAGAAACCGGCCUUUAUCGUUGGAAUCUAAGUCCAAAUCCACCUCUAUUUUCCACACAGCCUGCACACAUGGCAUCCAUUGCAAGCGCCUCUGCUGUGCUCUGUGUGGCCGGCCGUGUGUGCGCGAACACAUACACACCUCCAUGCCCAGCUCUUCGUAUUUCAGCACCUCCACCUUCUUGAUGCUGCAGUUCUGCGCCAAUAUCGCCGCAGGGCCGCCGAUGCUGCCCAGCUUGCACGCCUUGGAUACCUGCACAACGAACGUCUACCAAACCAAUGCAACACAACACACCGCAGCAGCCACACCGAUGGCAUGCUCUCUGUCCUGCGUGUGCUUGUGAGGGCGUUGUAAUGUACCUCCUUCCUCCUGUUGCCCUUGGCCAGAGUUAUCAUGGACCCGCCCGCAGCCAUGAAUGGCCCCACAUAAGAGUCCAUCCGGCCAGCAGUGGUCGGACCAAACGAACCAGACGCAUAGCCAGCAGGCGUCUUGGCCGGCCCUGCAUAGUAGAUGGGAUGGUUCUUGAGGUAGUCGGGCAGCGCUCCCUCUUUCUGCAGCCGCUCGUUGAGUUUGGCGUGGGCGAUGUCCCGCGCCACAACGAGGGUGCCCGUCAAGGACAGACGCGUCUUGAUGGGAUACCUGCCAGCCACCAU